AUGGCACAAAAUUUACCCUUAGAGCAACAGCAACAACUUGCAGUUAAAAUUAAAUAUUUAAAACUUAAAAGAAUUAAUGACCUAAAUGAUAAAUUAAGAGCAGAAUUGAGUAGAGAUAGAAUAACAGCAUCAAAUGCUUGUCUUUCGAUGAUAAAUUAUACAUCAAAUAAUACAGAUUAUACUUUACCAGAUGUAUGGGGACAUAUCGAACCAGGUAAAAAUCAUUUUAGAAAUUCCGUAAGGUUAAGAGGCACAAAUAGGCCUUCAAAUUCUGCAGAUUCUGUAGGCUGCUGUACCAUUGUUUAA